CGCCAGAGUCCCGGGGCCGCCGGUUACUCUUCUGAGAGCCCUUCAGAAAAGCACAGGGCAGUGGGCAGAGAAGCCAGGGGGCGGAGGUGCAGGCAGGCCCAGGCUGUGUGUCAGCCUGGGGACACCCGCGGAAGCACCCAUGAACGAGAGAUGGUGCAACCGGGGCACGCACGUGUGUGCAGCCCGCUGGCACGUCUCUAUGCCCUGUGGGCACCUGUCGUGUGAGUAGCUCCGGGUGUGGCUGUUCCUGGAUGCUUUGGGUUUCAGUAAGGUUUGUAUCUUUGGGCCUGCCUCCCCCGUCUCCAGAGGGGAACUAAGAAGUUUAACUGAGCAGGGACUGAGGAGAUUAAAGGAGUGGAUCUCAGAGGCAAGGCGGAGAGGGUGGGGACUGCGGGCGCAGCAGGCAGGGAAGCACCUAUUUGACCCAUCUGCCAGCUAGAAAAGAGUCUUGAAAAGACUGGCGUGACCCAUGUGCUCUGAAAUGUCUAGAGAGCCCCGAGCGGUGAUGACCACAGAGUGAGUGGCACUAGGCUGAGCCUGUCUAGUUCGUGGACAACAGGGAUGCUUGCAUUUAGAAAGGCCAGAAGGAAACUCAGGAUGGGCACCAUCUGCUCUCCCAAUCCCAGCGGGACAAAGACAGCCUCGGAAGUCUGCAAUGCCGACUGGAUGGCCUCGCUGCCCCCUCACCUCCACAACGUCCCCCUUUCCAAUCUGGCAAUCCCAGGCUCCCAUGAUUCAUUCAGCUACUGGGUAGAUGAAAAGUCCCCAGUGGGGCCUGACCAAACCCAAGCUGUCAAACGCCUUGCCCGGAUCUCCUUGGUGAAAAAGUUAAUGAAGAAAUGGUCUGUAACUCAGAACCUGACCUUCCGGGAACAGCUGGAGGCUGGGAUCCGCUACUUUGACCUACGUGUGUCUUCCAAGCCUGGAGACACUGAUCAAGAGAUCUACUUCAUCCAUGGGCUAUUUGGGAUCAAGGUUUGGGAUGGUUUGAUGGAGAUUGAUGCAUUCCUUACUCAGCAUCCUCAAGAGAUCAUCUUCCUGGAUUUCAACCACUUCUAUGCCAUGGAUGAGGCCCACCACAAAUGCCUGGUUCUGCGGAUCCAGGAGGCCUUUGGGAACAAGCUGUGCCCAGCCUGCAGCGUGGAAAGCAUGACACUGCGGAGUUUGUGGGAGAAGAAGUACCAGGUUCUCAUUUUCUAUCACUGUCCCUUCUACAAGCAAUACCCAUUCCUGUGGCCAGGGAAGAAGAUUCCGGCACCCUGGGCAAACACCACGAGCGUGCAAAAACUGAUCCUCUUCCUGGAGACCACCCUGAGUGAGCGAGCCCCACGUGGGGCCUUCCAUGUCUCCCAGGCUAUCCUCACCCCAAGAGUGAAGACAAUUGCCCGAGGCCUGGUGGGGGGCCUCAAGAAUACACUAGUUCACAGGAAUCUCCCUGCCAUUCUUGACUGGGUGAAGACUCAAAAGCCUGGAGCCAUGGGUGUCAACAUCAUCACAUCUGACUUCGUGGACCUGAUAGACUUUGCCACUACUGUGAUUGAGUUGAACGACCUUCUAGAGGAUCGAGCUCUGACUAAGUGUUGAAUUCAUGCUUUGUUUAAUUUGAUGUUGAGGUUGUUGAUCCAAGGUAGGAUUUUUUUUUGAGGGUUCUAGGAAAGAUGGCUCACUCCUAGGCACUCAUGGGGAAGUGAGGAAGAGAAAGAAGGCCCUCUCCCUUUCCUCACAUAGCCAUUUGGAUUUUUAAACAAUAAUCUAAGGGUUUUCAUUGCAUUUUCCCCAAAUGAGACUUUUACAAACUUAAGCCUACGAGAAGAAUGUAUAUUUCCUAUGGUUAACAUCAUGAUCUCCCCAGUGGCUUGUUCCAUGGAAGCAUCCUUUUCAGGUUCUGUGGGCUAUGCAACGUAUUAAUUGGCCCAGCUUCCUGCCGUCUUCUGGGAUGGUUUGAGCCUGUGUGAAGACUAAAUCAGAAAGGCAUUCCUGGUCAGAAGAAUAGCACAUGCAAGCAAGGAAGUCCCCGCAAUCAGCCCAGAGCUCUAAGGAGCUCCUAGGGAGCAAGAACCAGGUCUCUCACGAACUGUACAGAACCACCACUUUUCUGUGAGAGCAAGAUAUGUUUAUUAUCACAGUGCUCAGCCACAGGCUAGCUCUACAUAUCUUGGACUGGAAGUGGGCACUUUGGUUCUUCAUAUAAACAGUGCGCACUACCUUUAAUGUCAGAAAUAAAGUAUUAUCUUAUUUUAACAUAUUUUGGGCCCUAUCUUUAAGAUGAAAGAAACAGAUGGUUCUAAUCAGUCUUUUAUGUGAGGGCCCAAUACACACGGAACAUGCAUGUUUGUUGCAUGCCAGACUUCUUUGAUUUAGUUCUGUAGCUUUCUCCCCAAAUGACUAUCAGGCAAGUACCUGCAUCAUUUUGGCAAAGUCCUCCUUGGAGCAAGGUCUUCAAGCCAGAUAGCAGAAUUCUAUUGUAUGGUUAUCUGUCUGGGACCUGGUCUGCUGCAUGACACAAUGCUUGUUUUUGACACCGUGGAGGCUGACACAGGAUGCGUGGGAACGUGCAAUGGAAUUAAAGGACGACGUUUCAAGUGGGUUUGGAGACAGUCUGCAACUCCUUGCAAACAAGACUACCUCGGGGACAUUUAGCAUGACUCGUAUGUCAUCAAGUGAGGGAAAAAAAGCAAUGCUGGACAUUUCUGCUUGUUUUUCCAUUUGGACUAUUUUCUGUGGGUUGUUCUGCCAACUGCCUUUGCAUGAGGGCUUGGAGACACAAGGGGAAUUUUUUUUUUUAAUUGAUAAGAGGUGCUUUUGAUUGAUAAGAGCCCUCUUUUGUUUUAUUUGCUUUGGUUUUGUAUUUAUUGAUUUAUUUAUUCAUAGAGUAAGGAUCUGCGGUGUUCCUUGCCUGAAGAACACUCACAGAUGCUUCCUGGACUUUUCCUACCCAGGACGCUGCUGUGGUCAUCCACUCAUGCACUGUGUGGUGCAUCUCAGGGGCCGUGAGUGACCUCGUAACUUUGCUAUGGAUGCCCUACCCCACCCUAAUCUCGCUGAGGACAAUGUAUAGGUGUGGAUGUGAUCCAGACCUAGGAAGCUACUGCCAAAGGCAUGCACAGGGACAGAUGUGAAAUGGUCACGAGAAACUAACUACACAGGCACUUCUGUGAGAGCGUUGGCAAGAGAACUGGGAUUCAUGGCUGAGCACAUACGUUCGUGAGUGCGAUUUGCUAACCUUCAGCCCUAUUUGAGAAUCCCUAAGGAGGUGUCAGAUUCCACACUCCUAAGGAGGAAUAUCAACAGGCAGUCUCGGGUGGGGAGGUGCAUUUACAGAGAUGGCUAGACCUUCUUCUAGUACUUCUCACAUCUCUCCCUUUGAUUGCCUUCAGUUGGGCAAGCUGACUGCCCUGGGGAUAUCUUGGGUGAGCUAUUGAAAACAUGCAUGCCCCUAAUGGCUGAUCAUCUGACCUUUCUUUCUCUAAAGUAAUUUAGGCCUUGACUUCUCACUUCUAUAGUUCAUGGAGGCUACAGCACAAAUGCCUCUGAGAAAACCUGAUUUAACUUCUCCAGUUCUGGAGUUUGAAUCCUGCCCAGAGGUGGCUUCUGGAAUGUUCUUGUCAAAUUUGGCAGAGCCUUCUCUCGUUGCAACUUCCUCGUUGCGUAGGAGUGCAUACACUCAUCAUCUUAAUUUUCCUUCAGUUGUGAUGCUGAGCUCUACAGAGAGACUCCCUAAACCUUAGUCUGCCCUCAGGAGUUUACUUUUUUUACUUUUUUUUUUUUAUAUUGUUGCAUUAUGUUUUGGUUUUGGUUUUAAUUAUCAGCUAGUUUCAAGGGACUAGAUCAUGCCCUUCUGUUAACCCUUUGUUACUUGGCGAAGAGAUAAAGAGGCAAGAGGAGAGUCAUUCUGCUCUGCUUUCCUUGCCCCUCAGCUCUGUCCAGGUGCUUGGUGCUAUGGAGCCUGGUGUGUCAGCAGGUGUCUGCACUGCAUGGAUACCAGUUUCACUUGAAGGCUACAGACUGUUCAGUGAACUGUUUACUUCGUUUUCUCCCUUUCUUCUUAAAUACACAGUUGUAUUUCACUUCUGACAUUUAAGUACACCUCAGUGUUUGCAUGAGGCACCAUCAUAACACAGAAGCACAGAACACUUCCAAGGCCACGUGGAUGGGCCCCUUCUCCCUCAGUGAGUGCAUGGAUGGAUGUAAGCUUACCAGCUCAUCCAUGUGGCGUACAUUAGGGUCCCAGCCUUGCUGUUAUUCUGAAAGUCUGAGAGGUAGGGAGAGGAUUAUUCACAAUUCCUCCCAGGAAUUACUUCAAUCUCUGCCCCAAGAAAAGGCUUCCAAUGUUGUAAGAGGCUGCAUGUAUUUUGUGCCUUGAAGACAGGCAGAAAUUUCAAGUGAGUUAGACAGAGAGAAAAAUAGAGCGAGGGCCCCAGGGCUCAUUCUGCCAUAGUUACAAGUUAGAGUUCUGACCCAAAUAUAUCACAUGCUUUCUAAAAUCCAGGGAGUCAUUCAGAUUUAAGAAAAAAAAAAAAAGACUCUCACAGUUGUUCAGAAUCAACUUCAAGAGCAGCUAAAAUGCUGCUUGGUUAACUUUGUUUGGGUUCAUUUCUGUUUGGAAAUUUAACUGGGUUCUUCAUGAACUCUAUGCACCAUCCCAACACAGUCAUAUUUCCUUGAUGGCCAGGCCUAGAUGGCCUAGGUCUCUGUGGGUCAGAACGGUGUCUCAGGGCUUGAACACUGAGUUUAUCAGAAGUUCCAAGUAUGUUAUGGAUGGAGACAAUUUUCUUAGGAUUGAACAGAGAGGUCAAGAUGGAUGUGGUGUAAGAGAUUUGUGAGUGUUUGAGGAUUUGGUCUGAGAUCAUGGCAGAUCUUAGAAGUCAUGCAAAAAAAAAAAAAGUGCUUAUAUUUGCUGCAUAAGAUUUGAUAGUCACUGUUUUCUCUAGUGCUGGGUCCAGACCCUGAAUUUCUUAGAACCGUUAAUUUAGAGUUUAGGGUUCAAAUCCAACAUUUUAUAUACAUGCAAAGAAAAGCACAAGAUCUGAGCAGAGAUACUGACAGACCUUAAGAAUCCCAGAUUUUUCAUAGCCUCAUGUUCACAUCUGAAAUUUUAUGCUUCUAUCCAGGAAGGUGAAGAAUUCUGAGAUUAAAUGAAGCUUUCUGAUGUGUCCGGAUAUUUCCUUUUUUUUUUCCCCAGUGGUUAGGGUUAGGGUUAAGUUCAGGGGUUGGUUAGGGUUAGAUCUCACCAGGAGGAAGCAUUUCCAAAGAGACAUGAUACAGCACCCCCCCCCCACCCCCGUGAGCACAAAGUGAAAGAUAGAAACUCAGAAGAAAUCCAGGCUGAAAGGAAAUUGCUAUUUCCUCUGAGAAGCAAAAGGACUACAAGCUGACAUCAUUACAGAGGUUUUAUGAUGUCUUUGAUUGUUAUGUUCUGGGACAUAGAACUGGCUAAUGAAUGUGCCACAGCCAGGAGAUCUCCCAUACCUGAGCAACUGGUCCUGGGAUAACUUGUCAUUGGUUCUUUCAUCUUUAAUAAUGAUGCAAAUCUCAAAUGGAUGGUUCUUAAAAUAUAUGAGAUCCUAGGGCUCAGCCUAAAUGCCUUGUAGUCCAUGUAUGUACCCUUAGCAUGAGUCUUCCUUUUGUGCACACGUGCAAAGAAUACGGUUAGACUCAUGCAAGAGUGUGGUACAGGCUGAUAGAAUUUGACAAUGUGUUAUUCCUUCUGGAGUCUAAGUAAUGUGUGAGGCUCACUGAAAUCUGCCAAAAUGUACAUGGGCCCCUGAGAGAUGGGCCUUCUCUAGAGGAAACAGUAGGACAUUGAGACUAUCAAACAUCCAAGUUGACAGGAAGCCCAAUUGGUGCAGCAUAGAAGGGCAUGGAUGUCCCUGUAGAUUUCAUUAGCUGUCUAGCGCAUCUUAACCCUCUUCCACAGCUGCUUCCUCGUAGGUGAUACCAUGGUCUCAUUACUCAGUAGUGUCCCCUUGGGACACAGGGAGAGUGGAUUGAUUGAAUAAGAAGUGGUGUCAAUAUAAACUUCCCCUCAAUUCCAGAUGGUUCUAAUCAGCUUGUUACUGCCCCAGGAGACCUCCUAUGUCCACAGCCUUUGGAUUCCCCAGCUUCCUGCUACACACACUGACACUAAUGGCCAUAUGUCUGAGCUAGCCUAACUCUGAAACAACCCUACAAUGAUGCGAUGGAUUCUUUUUUUUAUUUUUAAGAGAAUACUCUAAGAUAAGGAUCUUCUGCUUUAGAUAGUGCUUUAGCAUCAAACCCAGCAAACUUGUCCUUAAAAAUUAUCAAACCCACUUUAAAACAAAAUAGUUUGAAUAAGGUAAUUCCCUCCUCUCUUUGGGGGAAUUCAGAAGCACAUCUGUUGAGGCAACUGCAUCAACAAUCCCGAGGCAUCUUUGGAUCAUCCUUUCCCAUUCCCUUCAUAGAAUACUACUUUCCCCUCUUGUCGAUAGCAUCUCCAUCAUCCACCAAUGAUUGCAUCACAAGAUGCUGACGGAGAGCACACUCUGACCAUGGUGGUGGCUGCUCUUUACCCUUCUCCAAUGCAUUAUUCUGCCUUCUGCUCCCAUCCAGUCAUUAGAACUAUGCUUAGUUAGAGCCCUGCCAUUGGGACCAAUGUUUAAUUCAUAUAGCACAGGCUUGCUCACAGUGUUAAGUUCACUAAGAAGCAUAGCACUUUGAAAAUUCAUACAGGCCUUUGGCAGCUCCAUGUAGUUGCGAUGUCACACCUGUUGUUGGUUUAUAGCCCUAAUAAUAUGUCAAUUAUAGAUCUAUAGUAUCAAGAUGAUAACUCUUAGAUCAUGUUCUAGAAAUAAUAAUACCUUGCUGCUAUUAAUUAUCACAACAGUAUGAAUCAGUAUUAAAUGCAGGUUGUGUAUGCAUUAUUUAUAUUAUGUACAUACCAACUGUAAUACUUAGCAUCCCGGAUCAGUAAUUUAAAAUUACAGAUAUUGUCAUAGUAAAAAUAAGUCUUGGUCAGUUCAGAUUAUUUGUGUAUCUGAUAAAUGCUGUAAUGGAGAUUAUAUUUUGUCUUCUAGUCAUUAAUUUACACUGCAAUGCAUGUGGUUUGCUAAACUUAAGAAAUAAUAAUCAGUUUUACCAAUUUUAAGGUUAGGGAUAAGAUUGUGCAUAUAUGCUACUUGACACUCUGAGAUGUAUCUUGUGGCCUGAUUGUCAAUGUCAUAUACACUUCACCUGCCUUCUUUCCCUCUAGGAAGUAAUUGUUGAAUUGUAUCUCUUCUUUCUUGAAACCUGGAUUAAGUCACUUGAUUCAUCCUAAACUAUUGUGAAGCCACAGUACCUCAUUUUAUCUGUGAAAAAAAAAAAAAAGGUCUGACUAUAUGAUGUGUUUCCUUGUAUUUGAUUUGAGCCAGUUCACAAGGUUUAAACUUAGUAAUAAACGUGAAUCUUUAAUAGC